AUGACCUCCAUUGACAACCCAAUCGCCUUUCUGAAGGCGAUGUUGCCUCGGAUUCCCCUCAUGGUCAAGACGAUUUUGCUCCAUGGCAUUGGCAUGUCUUCCGUGGCCGGGAAGCAAGACCUGCGCACUGAAAUGACUGUCGCUAUUAUCAGGUCCUUCAUGGACUUCCGACGACCGCUUCGCAAACAGCAGAUCGCUAGCAUGCGCGACCCGGGCAUCCAGGGUCCUAUAUGGGUUUCGAAUGUCACAUUGCCGCAGCCCGAGGAUGAUAUUCAGGAUGCGGUGAUAAAGGCAAUCGAGGCAUUGAACGUGGGUGGGGAGACAUUUGACAUUCCUGGAGUUGGGCCUGUCGAGGCCGAAUGGACGGGGUAUCGCAAAGGUGUCGAUAAGAAGGCACCGCAGCCUGAUAUCUCGGAGGAAGAGAAGUACAAGGAAUUGCGCAAGGAGGCAUCUGCAGAUUCUGUUAUCUUAUACUUCCAUGGAGGGGCGUACUUCAUGAUGGACCCUUGCACGCACCGUGUUCCAGUCGCACAAUUCUCCAAACAUACCGGUGCACCAGUCUUCUCAGUCCGCUACCGUCUCGCCCCCGAACACCCAUUCCCCUCCGCGCUCGUCGACGCCCUGGUUGCAUACCUCUCCCUCAUCCACCCACCCCCAGGAUCCCUCCACGAUCCUGUCCCCGCCAACAAAAUUAUCCUAGCCGGCGACUCAGCAGGCGGAAAUCUCUCCCUCGUCCUCCUCCAAACCCUCCUCACCCUCCGCCGUGUCUCGCCCACAGUCCGCUUCCAUGGCCAAGAAGUCCCCAUCGACCUCCCUGCAGGCCUAGCCACCAGCUCCCCCUGGUGCGACAUCACCCGCUCCAUGCCCUCCGUCGUCAACAAUGCCUACCUCGACUACCUCAAGCCCCCAUCCCAAGCCCCCGAAACCAUCUACCGCCCAAUCCCAGUCCCAGAAGAUGAUCUCUGGCCUCGCGACCCGCCCCGCGUCGACCUCUACUGCAACGCCUCCGCAACAGCACAUCCCCUCGUCUCUCCGCUAGCAGCCGACAAGUCUCUCUGGAAAGACGCACCACCAGUCUUCAUCUCUGUCGGCGAAGAAGGUCUCUCCGACGAAGGCCUCAUCGUCGCGCGCAAAAUGCACCAAUCCGACGUUCCCGUCUUCGUCGAGCAAUACGAGGGCAUGCCGCACUGCUUCGGUCUACUCAUGGUUAGCACGCCCGCGGGAAAGCGCUUCUUCAGCGGUAUGACGGAGUUCAUGCGCAAGGCUGUUGCCGGUGAGAUCGGGAAAUCUCCGGGAACAGGGACGUUUGUUGGGUUUAAAUUGAAGCAUGAGAGGGAGAUUCCGUUGGAUAAGCUUGUGGAGGUUAGUGAUGAGGAUGCGCUGGAGAGAUUGAGAAGGAGUACGUAUUGGAGGAUUGAGGGAGAAAAGGAGUUGGUCAAGAUGGUUCAGGAAAGGGCUAAGCUUUAA